GCUGUUGCUGGCAGUCGGUCGGUCGGUCAGCAGCGGUACAGACAUGGCCGUCCUCAGCAAAAUACCGCACAACUGCUACGAGAUCGGUCACACCUGGGACCCGUCGUGUGUGCAGUCCGCUGUGGACGUAGCCAGGAGUGCAAUGGAGGUCUCCUUCAAAAUAUACGCCCCUCUUUACCUGAUAGCAGCCAUUCUCAGGAGAAGGAAGAAGGAUUACUACAUUAAAAGGCUUCUCCCGGAGAUCUUUUGGUCUACCUCUUUCCUCACCGCCAAUGGAGGUCUCUACAUUGUUUUCUUUUGCAUCCUCAGGAAAUUGUUGGGAGGGUUCAACUCCUGGUCGGCCGGGUUUGGCUCGGCACUGCCUGCCUCCUAUAUUGCCAUCCUCCUGGAGCGCAAGAGCAGGAGAGGCCUGCUGACAAUAUACAUGACAAAUCUUGCCACUGAGACUUUGUUCCGCAUGGCCGUGACGCGAGGCAUCGUCAAACCCGUCAGACACGGCGAGGUGCUCCUGUUCUGCGUAACGGCAUCGCUCUUCAUGUACUUCUUCAGGUCUAAAGAUGGCCUCAAAGGCUUUGCAUUCUCCGCAUUGAAGUUCAUCAUUGGGAAAGAAGAGAUUCCAACUCACGCUGUCGCGGGACAACCGAUCUGCGCGAGGUCCAUCGAGAGGGGCGCCGCGGCCGGAGAGCCCGAGGCUUCACAGCCGUCGGGAGAAACGCCCACGAGCAAAACUCUGGUGGCCCGCAUCAGGGAACUGCUGCGCUCCAUAUGCAAAAAGGGUCCGAGGCACAGAUGCUGCAAGCAUUACCAAGACAACUGCAUUACCUACUGUGUCAAAGGUUUUGUCAGGAUGUUCAGUGUCGGCUACCUGAUCCAGUGUUGUCUUAAAGUGCCUUCAGCGUUCAGGUACAUGUUCACUAAACCCUCGCGGCUGCCCUCCCUCUUCUACAACAAGGACAACUUCCAGCUAGGAGCCUUUCUAGGAUCUUUCGUCAGUAUCUAUAAGGGAACAAGCUGCUUGCUGCGCUGGCUGCGCAACAUUGACGAUGAGCUCCAUGCACUGAUUGCCGGCUUCCUGGCUGGUAUGUCCAUGUUCUUCUACAAAAGCACGGCAAUAUCCAUGUAUCUCUUCGCUAAGCUGGUGGAGACCAUGUACUUCAAGGGCAUUGAGGCCGGGCGGUUCCCUUACUUUCCUCAUGCGGACACGGUCCUGUACACCAUCUCCACCGCCAUCUGUUUCCAAGCUGCUGUGAUGGAGGUGCAGAACCUCAGGCCGUCAUACUGGAAGUUCCUGCUGCGCUUAACGAAGGGCAGGUUUGCCCUGAUGAACCGACAGGUGCUCGACGCGUUCGGGACUCAAGCCUCGCGGGACUUUAAAGGCUUCGCCCUCAAACUGGACCCCCGCUACACCACGGCGCUUCCACCCGGAGCCGACGUCCCGCUCGGUUGAGUCGGUGAACCCCUGAGCGGGAGAGGGCCUGUCGGGGUUUUACUUCGACGGGAAAUGGGACGGGCCGUUAUUUCUGAGUGAACUUGGGGAUUUUUUUUUCCUGACGGCUCGGAAGAGGUGGUGUUACGAGAUGGGAGGAGCUCCGCGGGAUGUCGAGCCUCAGCAGGGCGUCAUGGGUUUCAAUAGCGGUGCUGAACAAGCACAUUUACUGGCCCUGGCUUGUAUGCAAUCCGGUAACUGAUCAAAUGAAUAUCAUGCAUAGAGAAGUAUUUAUUAUAAAUAACUCGUUAUUAUUUAUACUUAUUAUAUUGUGUCCGAAAUUUCCCAUUUUCUUUUGGCAGGGUGACAUUACCUGGUGUGUAAGAUAUAGAAGGUAGUAAUAAGGUCAAAAACCUUAUUGUUAUUUAGAAGGUUGCUCUGACAACGGGGUCGAAACUCACUCAUCCUUUUUUGAUUAUUAUUUGGAACCGUUAAAAACCCGAUUUUGACUGACUUAAUAAGAGGAAUAAUUUAGGCUCAUAACUCCUUGAUGCUUUCUGAAUGUGAACUAUUUAAAUUGGUGUAAGUGAUGAUCAAAUCUUGUAUUCCACGGCAGACGAUGGGAGAUGUCUUUCCAUCGCGAUCUGUGACGUGAAACCAUUUCUAACGCGUGACUCAAAUUGAUUGUGUUUUUAAAUGCAAGUUUUUACCAAACCUCAUGAUAGUGGUUUAUUUUUGUAUAACUACACUUGACCAUAAUGACUGCAAUCACGUGAGAGUCACCUUUUUAUAGGGGAUGUGGUCAAGGAAGCAGAAAGAACCGCGGUGAAUAUGGACGCCACGUCGGUGGAGAAGAUGGUGAAGCGUUACCAAAAUGUUUUGGUAAUUUGUCGGUUUCUAAGACUAAUUUAGUGAUGAAAAUACCAAUAAUUUGACUUUGAAGACACAUAAAUCCAGUGUAAAUAUUGCUAAGUAAACAUUUGUAAAUCACAGACUGUUCAUUACAAGAAACCAGGUUGUUGGGGGAAAUCAUGUGAAGGCAGGAAAUUAGAAUAUGUUUACUACAUAUGCUGCAAAUCACUUGUAUAAUAUAUAUAUAUGUUUAUUAAAAAAAUCUAAUCUGAAACAUGA